AUGGAGGCUCCCCACGAUUCCAAGCGCGAGGCACAGAUACUAGGACUCUCGGCAUCUGAACACGUAAUACCACUGUUAGAGACCUUCCGCGAAGCUGGGACGAAGUUUGUCCUGGUCUUUCCAUUUAUGCCAUACGACUUCAAGCAACUUCUCCAAGACGGGAGGCUGUCGGCUAAACAAAUACGGGGCUGUCUCCGGGACAUGUUCUCGGCGCUGGCUUUCAUACACUCCCACAGCAUCAUCCACAGAGACGUCAAGCCUUCGAAUAUCUUAGUCAAAUCACUAGACGGGCCUGCCUAUCUGUCAGACUUUGGCAUUGCGUGGGCUCCCAGUGCCCCGGGUUCGGAAACAGCCGAUUGGAAAAUCACCGAUGUCGGUACCACCUGCUACAGGGCGCCGGAGCUGUUGUUUGGAAAUAAGAAAUACGGAUGUAGCCUCGACCUCUGGGCAGCCGGUUGCACGGUUGCAGAAGCCGUCGUUCCUGGACAUCCGACUCUCUUCGACUCCGGAGACCAGGGGAGCGAGCUUCAUUUGAUCCAGAGCUUCUUCAAGAAGUUGGGGACACCUAACUUGACCGUCUGGCCUGAAGCUGCAGAUCUUCCCGACUGGGGUAAGAUGCAGUUCUAUGAGUAUCCUCCCCAGCCCUGGCCAUGCUUACUGCCGAAUGCGUCUGAUAACGAAUGCGAUCUUCUGCGUGUCACUAGACCCUCCCUUUCAAAUACGACCCCACCUGUCGACGUCAACCACCGCCAUCGGUUCCUUCAACAACAGACCACCACCAUGGCUUUCUUAUUCAGGAACAGACAGAAGAACAAUGUAGAGCUGGCAAAGUCAACGAAGGAUCUUCUGAACAGGUUGAGCGAGGAUCCGAAGCCGAAUUCAAAGUUAGAGGAAGAGCUGGUCCGAAACCUCCAGCAGAUGAAGGUGACUCUUCAAGGCACGCUCGAGGCAGAAGUCAGUCAGGAAUCGAUGUUCCAGCUCCUCUCUUUAAUCGUCCAAGAAGACCUCCUUUACAUCCUAGCAAACAAUAUCCAUAAGCUGCCCUUCGAAUCCCGCAAAGAUGCCCAAGUCAUCUUCUCAAAUGCCUUCCGCUACAAGGCCCCCGGAGCUUCGGAACCUGAAAUACUGUAUCACGUUAUAAGAUCACGCCCAGAAAUCAUAAUAUCUCUUUGCAAAGGCUAUGACAGACGAGAGAGCGCCAUGCCAUGUGGCGGGGUCCUUCGCGAAGCCCUGAAAUAUGACUCAAUCUGCGCAUUGAUACUCUACGACGAACCUGAUGGGAGUGGCAAAGACCUUGGGAAUGUAAAUCCCGACAUACCGUCUUCAGGCGGAGGUGUCUUCUGGAGGUUCUUUGACUGGAUAGACAAGGGUGCGUUUGAAGUUAGCGCGGAUGCAUUCAACACAUUCCGGACCAACUUUGAAAUGUUCUUUUCCAAAUACAACACAAUGCUAGUGCAGUCGGAGAGCUACGUCACGAAAAGACAGUCGAUCAAGCUGCUUGGGGAAAUUUUGCUCGACCGGGCAAAUUACAGUGUCAUGACAUCCUAUGUUGAGUCGGGCGAGCAUCUCAAGAUCAUCAUGAAGCUACUGCGGGACGACAGGCGCAUGAUCAAUUAUGAAGGAUUCCACGUUUUCAAGGUGUUCGUGGCCAACCCGAACAAAUCUCUAGCUGUUCAGCGCAUCUUGAUUAGCAACCGCGAGAAGCUGCUCCGGUUCCUACCGGCCUUUUUAGAGGACCGCACCGAAGAUGAUCAGUUCGUCGACGAGAAAAGUUUCCUGAUCCGGCAGAUUGAGCAAUUGCCGUCGGCACCAGUGCAGCCAACGCCAGCUUCAGGCUAG